GCGCAAUGCCAAGUUAGCACGUGGAAGUGUUGUUUCACAAUUAUUUUAUUUAGUGACAGAUAUAUUUGAAUUAUUGUGUGUAAUACUAUAAUCAAGAAGAUAUUAAAAUUAAUUAAUAAGAGGACAUUAUUCCAGACAUGUUACCAGUUUCGGGAAUAGGAAUACCACAAGGAAAUACGAGUGCAGUUAACGAUUAUGAAUCGUCUUCGAGCAGCGCUGCUACCUCCGGUGUACUCGUACUAGACAACAUUAUAGCUUCCACGUCUCGUGCUAAUGUGCCAUACACCGACACAUAUUGGAUGCCCCGCUGCCACUACAAUCAGAUCAACGGACUAAUCAGAGACAACUAUUGUCAGACAGAGCAAAGAUUUCCAGCAGUUAUUCAGAGAAUAGAGGCAUACAGAAUGGCCAAUCAGAACGAUACAAACAUUCUAAGAAGACCGGUACUGCAGGAGGAAAAUCGCUCAACCGCAGUGAUCCAAGGGCAGUCAUCUUACACAAAUCUAGACAAGCGACAAGAGAGUGAUAGCAGGAUAGAAAUCAUUGAUAUUUCAGAAGCGAACAACACGUUGGCAAUAAGAAAUAUACCGUCAGCAAACAACGAAUACAUAAAUGAACGCCUAUCUGACAUAGACCCACACCUCUCUGUAACCAGCGAGAAUUUUGAAGCCUCGGAAAGAUUAUCUGAGACGGAACUGUUAACUGCGAUGGAGUCCCAAUCGAUAAGCGAUUUGGAGUCCAAAUACGCGAUUAGCGUUGACGAGAACUCGCUGCUACCGAGCACGUUGCAUCAGAGCUGGGACGAUCAGAUGAGGAAAGCGAUGCAUAAGGUGCAUUGCACACAGAUAAGCGGGAACAAAGCUAUACGAGUGUCCAGGAUGGCCAACAAGCUUAUUAAGCUAUCUCGUUGUCUGAAAACGCCGAAUGUUGAUGAAAUCAGCUGUUUAAGCUGUAGGCGGAUUCCAGUCGCACCAGUCACUGGCAAAUGCGGUCAUACGCGAUGCAUGAGGUGUACUUUCACUCAUAAAGUGUGUCCUUGUGGGGCGAAGGCGCCAGAUGUUCUGAGCGAGAACACAAAACUACGAGAAAUCAUAGAGAAAAUGAUGAAAUAUGUCAAGCGCCUCAAAUUACCAAAGAAUCCGUUGUCAAUAACAGCUCAAGAAGUGAAAUUAGCUUCUACGUUAGAGUUGCAUGCGAGUAUGCGAAUAUGCCAGAGGCGGUCGUUGAAUACUCGUGGAGCGCUACAGAAUAUUCUGCGGCCCAGGAUACCCAUGUCACCACAGGCCCGUUACAAAAAGGCCCGCGAGCUGAUAUCUGCUGGUCUGUACACAGAAGCGGCGACGCAACUCGCGCGGGCCGCCGCCUCUACGGAACCUUGCGCGAGGUUCGCCAGGAGGUUGCUCACUAAGACGCUAAUUCUUAUAUACCAAGAUCGCGGUCAAAAGGAUGCGAGUAAAGAGCUAAGCUUCUCAAUACGAGAGCAAUCCAUACAGAGUUGGUUGCAACCUGCGGAUUUAGAGUGUGUGCUGUGCACAAACCCUUACAGAGAGCCAGUGUCUACGCCGUGUGGACACACCUUUUGUCGAUGUUGCAUAGAACGAAGCAUGUACUACAGGCGAAAAUGUGCUCUGUGCUCUGGGUCGUUGGAUAACUUUAGCCUGGCAGAGACCAGCAACAACCUGUUUUUCACGUCGAUACUGAACUGUAUGGACGUGCCGCCUUUACCCAUUGAGCCUGAUGUGAUACCGAUCGUCAUAUCCUACGUCACCUUUCCAGGGUUGCCCUGUCCUCUGUUCAUCAAGAACUCUCGUCAUUGGCAGAUGAUACUCCGAGUGCUGAGAUCUGGCUCUAGAAGAUUCGGCAUGCUGUCAUACGAGAGAGACCAUACCCUGGCUGAUUAUGGCAUGGUAUUAGAAAUCUGCGACUGUGUAGUGUUCGAAGACAACAGAUGUAUAGUCUCCACUGUCGGUAUAUCGAGGUUCAAAGUCGUCGAACGGGAUGUAAGAGAUGGAUGCGAUGUGGCGCGCAUACGACAACUAGUAGACAUAGCGCCUACAAAGGAAGAGGUGUGCAACAUUUUGAUGUUGACAGAGACGAUAGCGAGUAAAGCGUUGACUUGGUUGGAGAAUAUGAAGGAGAAUGUGCGAGAUGAGAUCGAGACGGCAUUCGGAAGUUGGCCGAUUUGGCACGAGACUCAGAAGGAAUGGUGGAACACCCCUGACGGGCCCGCUUGGCUGUGGUGGCUGAUUGCAAUAUUACCGCUGACUAAAGGAGCUAAGGUAAACAUUUUGUCAACGCCGAGUUUGCUCGCGAGAAUGCUGGCUGUGCUUCGGACGUUCGAAAUUAUGGCUGGUUCCUUGAUAUAGUGGAAAAUCGCUUGAAUAUUAUCUUGUAAGAGCCUUUUAAACCUUCACGAUACGAAAUCGCUUUACCGUAUCGCGUAAUGUAAAAAUUGAAAUGUACUUAAUAUUAAUGAAAACACGAUGACGUCGAUUGACUUUUCAGAGGAUUAUAUAUCUAUUUAAAUUCUUGUGUAACAAAAUUAACUUUACCAAAAUUGUUGUUGUAUGUUUGUCAUGUGAAAUUUUUUUUUUUUUGAAGAAAAAUCGGGAUCAAUCUUUUCCAACCAUCGAAUUUUCUAUCUAUGUGAGACCACUAAUUUAGAUGUAGGUAUUUAAAAUAUUCAAAAUUUAGGAUGCUAGUUGUUUUGUAAAUACUUUUUCUAAACCUCUUAAAUAUGUUUAAAUUGGUCAAAAUUAAAGAACCUUAGAAACUUUAUAGUUUUCAAAUAUUUGAAUUUAUGUUACAUUCCUAUCUAAAAUUAAAUCGAGUUAUUUUCAUAUUUGCAUUUAUAGUAGACAGUUUAUAUUAUUUUCUGUAAGUAUAGAAAGGAAUGAUUUUUUGUUUU